AUGUUUGUCAUGGAGGAUGAAGGUGGCGACGAUGUCAUCAGCUUGAAGAGUAGCAAUAGUAGCGGCUUGACCGUACUGUCAAUGUCAGUGGACGACAUGGUGUUGAUUGGCGAGGCAAUUAAUCAACAUCAAUCACAACAACAAUGGACAUCACACGAUCAGUCUGACCAUCCUCAUCAACAUCAACAACAACAAAGAUUCGAAAUAAUAUUCUACUUCCAGGCACAUGAGACUGAGGUCAUUGAGAUACUUUGGUGCAAACAAAUGUGUCCAAGUCUCUUGUUUGUGUCGACCAGUGUUUGCUCAUCCAAGCUCUGGAGAUUCAGUGACAAGACAACAGGCGAUGCCACUGGUAGUGGCUACAUCAACUCGCCAUCACCAUUGCGUAUCACAAGCAGUCACAACAACCCAUUCAAGUUUACAUUGAAGAAGAGCUACGAACACGAAGAGAUCUUCAAUCUGAACUCAAUCAGUCUAAACAGUGAUGGUCAAACAUUCCUCUCAUCAGAUGAAUUCAGAGUCUACCUUUGGGAUCUAAACAUAGGGCAACAGUGCUUCAACAUCAUCGACUUGAAACCAAGCAAUAUACAAUUGUUAAAUGAGAUCAUUAGAGUGACAGAGUUCCAUCCAUUACAAUGUAAUUCACUCAUCUAUGGUACAAGUAAUGGUGUUGUCAAGUUGUGCGACAUGAGGACUUCAGCACUAUGUACAAGUUUCUCCAAAGCUUAUGAAGCCAAACAAUCGAAUCAAUCAAUCUUCUCACAUUAUCUCAAUACAAUCCUGGAUCUAAAGUUCAGUAGUGAUGGUCGCUACUUUGUAACAAGAAACCUAGAGUCAUUGUCCAUUUGGGAUAUCAACGUUGAAGAUAAGCCACUGGCUACAUAUAACUUAUAUAAUCAAGAAUAUUUAUUGGCUAAACUCUACGAUGUGUAUGAAUCAUCAUCAUUCGUAGACAGAUUUCCAUGUACAUUUAUCAACUCAAGCGAGGUAAUCACAGGAUCAUAUGACAACAAGUGUUUGGUUUGGAAUCCAUUCAGUUCUGAUUCAUUCAGUUUCGAAUCAACUACACUGCCGCCAUUGCUCCAACAACAACAACAACAAUCACCGAUGAAUCAAUUCUAUAAUCAUCAACAACAGGAUAAUAUUUAUAACUUCCCACAUAUUUCAUCACCUCCAUUUACAUCAUCGACAAUGGACAGCGCAUUGCUGUCCUCAGCAUGUGGGCAAUCACCACGUGCCUCUGCACCACUGCGGUCUCCCCUGGAUCCUUUACAGGAUGACUACUAUCAUCAAUUCAAUUGGAUACCCGUGCGCACUUGGUCAUCCGCUGUAAACUCUGUACAUAAUCAUUCGUUCAACAAUAGCAAACUCUUUGGCAACAACACUGGUGAUGGCAGUGGGAGUGGGUCCAUGAAUGACAGUCGCAAGCUCUCCAUCAAAGACAACUUCAACUCGAUCAACUGCGUCUCGUCCAGGAAUGGUACAACUGCCAUCAGCAACAAGCAUCAACUCUUUAUUUAUUAA